UUAUGAACUGAAUAUCUUAUUAAAAUUUAAAACUGACCUAACCCAUCAGGUACUAUUGUGUGUAUGAGAGUUAUAUGGGUUAAAGUUAAUAUCGAUGACUUGAUUUGCAAAAGCAAAAAAAAUAUUGCCGGUCUUUUUGUAUUCUGUCUAUGGAGUGUCAGGAAGUCGACACUCGUUUCCUGCACUAUACAAGUUUUGUUCGACGUCCCGCGUAAUUUAUUAAUAUCGUCCACGUCGAAAGUAGCACACUGGCGGUGUGCCACUGCAUUAUUAAACACUCAUUAGACAACUCGAAUGGCGUUUUACAUUUUUUUUUUCUUCUCUUUAUUCCUCGGACGUCUAAGCGAGUAUAAUAUGGCGCAAUAUACUUACACCGUCUACCAAUCGUCGUUGAUUGAUUGAUUAUUCGCAGGCAGAAAUAGGUUUUCGGAGUAGGUUGUGGUAUGUGCAUUAAGUCUGUGAACGCGUCAUAACGAGCCGACGUUCAAAUGAAACCUUCGGUCCUCAUCGCACGCGCUCGGUGGCGGUGGUUAAUGUGGCGUGGAUGCGCGAGGGUGACUGUAAACUAAUCGAUACGGCGUGACGCGGCACGCUCGAAGGGGAACCGCUAACACCGUUAGACGCGGAUGGUGAGCGGGUGGCCCCGACGUGGUAUCGGCGCGCACAUUCCUCCGUUGUUUCGCGCCCCUCGGACCGUCGUCGCGUCUCCCUCGCCAGUACCAAUCGUCCCGCUGUCGUCCAUCGACGUCCGCCAUGCGUCAUUCGUCCCGAGUCUUUUGUUGUCACCUCCACCGUUUCCGUUACCGCGUUAUGGUACACCGGCUGGAUUGACGACGUUAGACACCGACCGGAAGCGCACUCGCAGUCACAAUAUACGUAAUUGUUUCACCACCGCCGCCAUUGGUUGUGGUGGUGCUCGUGCCGGUAUCGCCGCUGUAGUUCGUGAUUGUGCGAUGCGCAGCUGACCAUGACACUGUGCCAAAGCGAGACAAGGAGGAAACAGCGGCGGGUCCACGGACUGCAGAUGCCGUGGCACCCGCAGCAAGUGGCCGGUUGGCUGGUGCUGGCUAUUUUCGGCGCCUGUUCAUUCGGCGUCCUGUUGCCUGGUCUCGGGCCUGACGUCUACCCAGUCGCACUGUUCGUGCUGGGCAGUCUGUUCUUCUUGCAUGUCGUGUCGCACGUGGCUGCGCUGCUCAUCGAUCCUGCAGACCCACAGCUCCGUGCUCUCAGAGACGACGGGGAAUCGCCGCGGAAACCCGUCCCCGAGCUGGACAAGACCAAACACGCGCACGUUAUCGAGAACGGAAAGUGUCACCUGUGCAAUAUAUACACGUCUGGCCAUCGGACCAAGCACUGCGGAUCGUGCAAUAAGUGUGUGGAGAAGUUUGACCACCAUUGCAAGUGGCUGAACCACUGUAUCGGUGCUAGAAACUACGUAGCGUUUAUCGUGAGCGUCGUGUCGGCUGUGCUCGCGUGCUUGGUGAUCGUGCUGGUGUCGUCUGCUGAGCUGGUCAUAUACAAUUCAGACCCGGUACACGUCGAACAGUACCUGCGGCCGAUGUUCGGCAGCAACCAAACCAUCCAGGUGAACCAGUUGUUCAGUGUCAGUCGACUUUCAGUGGACCGGAACGUGUUCGUGGCUGUCGCAUCUGCCCAGUGCGCCUUGGCCCUGGUCGCCAUGGUGCUGCUACUACACCUGUGCGUGUUCCACGUGUACAUAUCCGCGCUAGGCAUCACCACUUACGAGUACAUCCGUAAUUACAGGCGAUACCCAGAGUUCGAUUCCAGGAACGGCGCGGCUGCGUUGUCGUCGUCGUCAUCCCUGUCCGACAAUCACGUCGCGAUGUCUUCGGGUUCCUGUAAGAACGCUGCGGGCCGGAAGUCCACUAUGGCCAAAGUGUAUGCAUCCGCGUGUUGUUACGGCGCGGUUACUGCGGGCCGGCAUAAACGGCCGUCGUGCGGCAUCCACUCGAACCUUAAUGGCGUAGGCCGGAACGACCAGGAUGGCGCUAGCCAUGAUGAUAUGACCGUUGAGACGGUUGAAUCGUAUGGUCGCAGUGGGGCCAGUAGACUGCUGAACCCGAAAGACUUGGACCGGACAAGACCGGAGGACCGCGAUCAGCAGAACCCUCAACCAAAGUGCCGGUACUGUCUGGAGAAGAACAGGAUACGGGGCGAUGGAGCACGAUUUUUCGUGUUAGGCAAACGCCGAAAAGGGUUUUGCUGCUGCUUCCAGAAACCCGAGCCAGUAUUUGGUCGGACUGCCGUCCCCGCCUCUGCCGUCCACCACGUCAAGGUUCCACCAUCGCCGUUCGCGGUCCGUCGGAACCGUGUCAUACCCGCCGACAGUGGUCAGUUGUCGUUGGUGGUCGACGAGUGGAAAUCGUUCAAUUCGGGUUCACUCCCGGCCCUGCCACACGCGGCCGGCCACCGUCAGAUGCAAAAGAUCACGCUCAAGGAGCUAGGUCAGGUAUUGGCGUUCGUUGAACAACAACCUUCGAAAACGAAGCGGCGCAAGAUUGGCAGCGGAAACGGGCAGAUUAAACACUCCAAAUCGUCGUCCAACCUGUCGCCGAUACACGAGUCGGGACUGUCCAACCCGUCGACGCCGCAACUGAGAAACCGUUACCCGCAGACCAGGCCGUGCAGUUGGCUGUCGUCGUCGUCACCACCGUCUUCCUCCCCGCACAACACUUCUAAAAGCGCGUGAUUUAUGUAUGUGUGGGUUUCCCAUGUACACCCGUUUCUUCCCUAAAACCCACGUGAUGUGUUACGCGCGCAAUUCGCAUUUCAUUUUUAUCGCCGGCUGAUAGACCGACAAAAUAUUUUUUGAACGACGGCGUUUGGUAAUCAAAAAUGUAAACAAUAAUAUUAUAUAAUUUUACAACCGUACAACUGUGUCUGUCCCACUGAACUGAAUAUCGAAUACAGUACAUAUUAAAUUCAGUUCAGUGGUCUGACCUGAACGACUUAGAUCGGGUCACCGCCGAUUUAUGAACAAAUCGACGACUAUCGUGGUGACCGUUCACUGAUUUUUCUGAUAUAUUGGUGCAGUCGGAAAGCUCUCCCGUAUGUCCGUAUACGGUAUAAUUAUGUAUGUAUUAGUACCUUUUUUAUUUAACGCGAACAAAUAACGAAAACUAUACUGCCCUGAUAAGCUUAAAUGCCAUAAGUUACUAAAAAAGACUUUUGAGAAAAAUAUGUGUUUUUAUAUUUUACAUUUUCUUAUAAUCAUAAUACCUUGUACAUUUUUAUACUUCUCUUAGUAGGAAUUUUUAUAACAUAUAUUCAUUUUACAUUGAUUCUACUAUUGGUAUAGGGUUAUUGAAACUUGUUUCAUAAGCAAGAAUAUCGUUGGUAAGAAUUGUAUUUAAUUAUUUAGUUUUUGUUGAACAAUAUUUUAUACUUAUAACAUGACAUAAUAUUCACCUAAAUUAUCUGAAUUUUAGAUUUUUUAAUUUAGCUUAACCUCAUUUAAAUUUUUUUUUUUGACUUAUGGCAUUUUGUAGCUUAUGAAGGCAGUUUACAUAUCAUCGAUGUUAUACAUAUAUAAGUGAAUGUGCAAAAUCUAGAGGACUGAGGAGGAGUAAACCUCGAAUAAUCGUAUUAAAAAAAAUGGAUUUGAUCGUUUUUUUACUUAAUUAAUUUAAA